AUGGGGAAUAAAUCAUUAACUUCAAAAGUUGCAAAACUGCCUGCCAGUACUGAUAAAUAUAUUAAUAGUUAUGAAAAUGACAAUAAAGAAAGUACCACACUCCUUUGGUUCGAUCCAAAUUUUGAGUCACGUCGAGAUAUUGAACAAACAGCGCAACGACUUCGUCUGAUCAAUGAUUAUAUCAAAUUUUACACCGAUCUAGAUCAAUGUGUUAAAUUCAUCAGAUUGAUAGAUAGAGAAAAAAUCUUUUUAAUUACAUGUGGAUCAAAAACAUCAGAACUUUUAUCUCAUGUUUCAUGUCUUCGUCAAGUCAACUCGAUUUUUAUUUAUUGUACGAAAAAACAAUCAUAUGAACAUUCAAAAAUAAUUGAUAGUUAUACUAAUCUUGAUGAAUUAUGUGACGCCAUUCAAAAUCGAAUUGACCUUUUCGAUCAUCAAUUACAAACAUUUAGUUUUUUUGAUCAAAAUAAACAAUCAACAAGAGAUUUAUCAAAAGACUCGGGUGAAUUUAUUUGGUUUCAACUUUUCAACCAUGUUAUAGCUCGUUUUCCACGAAUUGAAGAAGCAAAACAAGAAAUGAUUGAAAUGUGUAGACAGUAUUAUCAUGGUAAUUCAAAAGAACUUACUUUGAUCAAUCAAUUCGAAAGUGACUAUGAAUCAGAAGAAGCUAUUUAUUGGUAUGCCAAACAAUCGUUUAUUUAA